GGGACAGACAGUCGAAGGGUGAAGCGACACACUCGAGCGGCAAAGAUUGUCCUGUGCUUAAACAGCUUCUUUUUUUCAGCUUUCCUUCACAGACGAUCAUCCAGAACAGCACGGAGGAUAUCCAGGCGGUGGUUUGGGUAAAUACAUUUCAGGGCGCACACUGACGUCGCUGUCCAAAAUCUCUCCGCGGCGCGCAAGAACGGGAGGAACCAGGAUUGCCUUCUACUCCUCGAGACUUGCGUGUUAUACCGUUUCCAAGAGCAUACUGGGACUAAAGAAAAGCCUCACCGAAUAACAUGAAAUGUGGUCAGUAUUAAAUCGAGCCUGUCAUUGAAGAGGCAUGAUUUUAUCUUGAGUGAAUCCAAAUGCAGUGUUGAGUGCGGGUUAGACUGGAGCGACGGACUGAGAGGCUUAACGCUCACUGUUGUUUGCCCUAAUUCAAAUUCUGGAAGCAAGUAGUAAUUCAGAAAACGGCUUAUUUUUUUACCACCCACACGCUGACUUAUUGGACUGACUUUUCCAAGAGGUUGCACUCUGAAGAACAACGUGUUUAUGGAUUGCUGCGCGGCGAGGAGCACCGGGAGUUGUAGGCUACGCUCUUAUGCAUCGAUCAUGUUGAUACCUCGCUGUUGCUGUAAACUUUGAUAGAUGUUUACAGAAAGAACUCAGUAAUAUAGAAGAAUUUAGAUAACUAAGCUCAGAUAAACUCAGAUUGACCUUUGGAGGAAGUGGGAAGCGCCUUUUUCGCCCUUCCUCGCUUUUUUUCACCCAAGACGUCAGGACAGAUCCCUAUCACUCAGUCUGACUCGCCUUCUGUGAUUUAAACAAAGACCAAAGUGUUUGGGGAUAGCAUGGCAAUGGUAGUAAACCAGUGGCCAGAGAACAUUUCUGCAGAUCCGGGGUCUCAGCUCCAGAUUUGCGGCCAGGAGCCCGGCGGGGCACCGGGGACACCCAACGGUUCCACCCCGGGGAACGACACACUUUCCGGGGACAAGAUCCCCAACGUGGACUGCAUGGUGUGCGGGGACAAGUCCAGUGGGAAGCAUUACGGUCAGUUCACCUGCGAGGGAUGCAAAAGCUUCUUUAAGCGCUCGGUGAGGCGGAACCUCACUUACACCUGCCGGGGGAACCGAGACUGUCCCAUCGACCAGCACCACCGGAACCAGUGUCAGUACUGCCGACUGAAGAAGUGCCUCAAAGUCGGCAUGAGGAGAGAAGCUGUACAACGAGGGCGUACAUCGAACUCCCAGAGCAGCCCGGGACAAUACCUGACCAAUGGCACUGAUCCUUACAACGGCCAACCCUAUCUAUCUGGCUUCAUUUCCCUGCUGCUGCGCGCCGAGCCCUACCCCACAUCUCGCUACGGGGCCCAGUGCAUGCAGGGAAACAACCUGAUGGGCAUCGAGAACAUCUGUGAACUGGCGGCCAGGCUGCUGUUCAGUGCUGUAGAGUGGGCCAAGAACAUCCCCUUCUUCCCUGACCUGCAGCUCAUGGAUCAGGUGGCGCUGCUGCGCAUGUCAUGGAGCGAGCUCUUCGUCCUCAAUGCGGCCCAGUGCUCCAUGCCGCUUCACGUGGCCCCUCUGCUUGCAGCGGCCGGCCUGCACGCCUCGCCCAUGUCAGCAGAGCGCGUGGUGGCCUUCAUGGACCACAUCCGCGUCUUCCAAGAGCAGGUGGAGAAGCUGAAGGCGCUGCAGGUUGACACUGCUGAAUACUCCUGUCUCAAGUCCAUCGUGCUCUUCACAUCCGAUGCUAUGGGGCUGUCAGAUGUCGCCCAUGUGGAGAGCAUCCAGGAGAAGUCUCAGUGCGCCCUGGAGGAGUAUGUAAGGAACCAGUAUCCCAGCCAGCCAAACCGCUUCGGACGCCUCCUCCUCCGCCUGCCCUCCCUGCGUAUUGUGUCCUCUCCGGUCAUUGAGCAGCUGUUUUUCGUGCGCCUCGUAGGCAAGACACCCAUCGAGACACUGCUUCGCGACAUGCUGCUCUCAGGCUCCAGCUACAACUGGCCCUACAUGCCUACCGUGCAGCGUGAGCGGCCCAUCUCCCUCCACUACAAUGAGAACGGGCCAUGAGUCGGAGAGACAGACCAAGGAGAAGCUGCAGGAGGAAUUCAGGCUGAACAUCCAUCUGCAUACUCGUCCAUCUGUUUUACUUUUCUUCAUUCUCUGCGUUCAACUUCUCAGCUUUCCCAGAGGAGGCCUCUUUCUCACCAUUCCACUCAAAAAUCCGUACUGACGGUACAAUCUGUUACUGUCCCUUUCACUCAAGCCAGCCAGUCAUUCACCUUGGCCACUGCAGAAACUUAGUGGCCCACUGCAGUCCUCCACCUGACGGUGUAGUCUACAUUUGAGAUGUGGCAUGAGAUGGACAGGUUGGUAGAACGGGUUAUUGCACAGUUCACCAGCGGGUCUGUUGGACUCACUUAAGAUGUCAGUCUCAAACCCCAUGCAAACAGGGGCAGCAAAAGACAAAACAUUUGCCCUAUGGUUGAGGCUGUAUACAAGCAUCCCAGUAUGACGAAUACUGAGCAAGGGCUUUGCCAAUGGAACUCUACAACCAAGAGCAUAAGGCCCAUUGUAUAUUUACCAAUUUUUGAAAAGAAAACCAGAAGCCAUUAAAAAAAGACAAAUGCCAAAAUGUCUUGGACUUUUGCAGAGGACAUGUUUUAUUGUGUGUGUUUGUAUUAGCACUGUUUGUAUGGAGAGAAAACUCAUGAUUGUGUCCAUAUGUACAGUAUAUCGUUGAUUCAUAGGCAUCUAUAGGAUAUUAGGGUUCAAUGGGAAAAGCUCAGGUUCAGGUAGACAGACAAACAUGCCAAUAUCAGUACAAGUACAACCCAGCAAAAUUUACACUUAUCAGCAGCCUGUGCCAAAGCUGAAAAAUGCAUAUUGUUUGGAUUAUUUUUUGCGUUAGUGGUGGCAAUGAAAAUUUGUUUGGUUUGUCUAUAAUUUGACUAUAUACUUGUUUUCGGGUCUCAGGGGAGAGAAGGAGUUUGUAAAAAAUAAAUACAAAUAAAAGCUUAGGCACUUGCAUUGUGGUCAGAACCUACACUUGUUCACUCCUGUAAAAUCACAGCACUGGUAGAUUCUUGCUACCCUUACGUCAUUUGAUCGAUCUACCUUUUUACUUGUUCAAAAAGCCCAUUAUAAUUCUAAAUCUUUACAUGAUGUUAUCGCAGGCGUGACACAACUCAUCCUCGUUCCUGAGUCAUGAUUGUCAAUAUCAGACCUUUUGGACGGGGGGGUUUACAAACCUAGCUGUACUUGCCUUAGAACAAAGAUUUUGUCACUGAGCAUUUAUCUUAUGACUGUGCCAUAAUCUCUCGUUACCUGUUAUCACAGGUAUUAUGUCCUGUCAGGAGGGGAAAUGAACUCAUAUGAUGUAAAAAUGGAUAAUGUGCACAUAAAGUCACAUUAAAAGUGAUGCAAAAUACUGAAAUUUUUAACGCAUCAACUUAAAAUGUCAAGAAAAAAACUUCUCUGCUUUAACAUCAUCAGCACUUUCAUUUUUUUAGACCUCAUGCAAGUUCUUUUCCACUUCCUGAUGAUAUUGUCUUGUAGGGAAAACCCCCUCGACUCAUGUCAUUUGAGCUUAUUGUACCGAUACCGUAGAGAAAUGUAUCACUAACCUCUGAAAACCUCAGUCUAUGUUACAAUAUUAUCCCAGUUGGACUUACGACUGUGACCUAGUGUAGGACUAUUUUAAGUUGUUUUUUUUUUUUUUCUACCCGUUGGUGGAAGCAAGUUUGUUUUGACAACCUGUCUCACAUUUCCAACAUGGCACUGUGCUAUCAUUGUCAAGUCAUCUGGGACCUUAGAAAGCUGUCUGCUGAGAAAUGAAUUCGCAGAAAGUUUCUAUGAGUUUGUUUUUAUCCCCUCUACUUUUGUUUGAAAAUAUGGAUUAUCCAUUAACUGAAAUAAAAUUCUGUUGUUCACA